AUGUACGACGCAGCUAUUACGGGUCAAGACAGACAUCUACAAUGGCUUCAUAUGGACUACUCUAUCAUCCAAAGCCAAAAAUCCAUUCCACUGGCGAAAUGGUCAAGCCGCGAUCACAUCCUUUGCAAAAUUGGAAUGACGACCAAGCUGAAAGUCGGUCUCCGGUUGUCGGAGUGGGAAAAUUCCUGCAAACACGAAGUAAUUGGUUUGGAUCCUGCCACAGUUUCGAGACUAUGCAAAUGUUUAGAGGUUACGCCAAGUAAGAAGCCUACACUAGCGAAACUCUUCCAGGCCCUGACGCUCAAGGAUAUUCGCAAACCCAAGGGACAGCGCAAAGUCCCCCCUGUGAAUUUAACUUUGAAGACAUUCGUUAAUGGCGGGUUCUACGUAAUGCCAAAUAGUGGAUUAUCGCUUCUCGACAUUGAAUCCAAAAUUCAUAGGAUGCUUUGGAAGCGUUAUGGUCAGGGCCUCAUAUAUUGCCAAGGUUGUCAAAAUGCAAAGAAUGAGCCCAAAAGACACAAAGAAUGGUUUAUGAUGCCUAUAAAUCAUCUGCCCUAUAUCUUGAAGGACAUAGAUUCCAUCUGCUGUGGGGAACGAGGUAAUGCGGGUGUGUAA